AUGGAUAGAUUCAUGAGAGUUAUAGCAUUUCUAGUUCUUGUGAUUCUCACCAUAGCAACCAUUAAUCUUAGCUCUUGCAAUGGUGAUGUGGUUUGCAUUAAUAGUGAGAAACAAGCUCUUCUAUGCUUCAAGCGAGAGUUCAAAGACCCUUCAAACAAGCUCUCCUCUUGGGAUGUUGAAGAUGAUUGUUGCAAAUGGGCAGGGGUGGUUUGUGACAAGUUAAAUGGCCAUGUAAUUGAGCUCUACCUUCAAAAUCCUAACUCUACAACUCCAGUGGUUGGCAAAGUUCAUCAGAGCUCGGUCUUGGAUGGCAAAAUUGAUCCUUCUUUGGUCAAUUUGACGUGCCUGAAUUACCUCGAUUUAAGUCAAAAUGAUUUUGGAGGAAUUCAUAUCCCAAGGUUCAUCGAAAGCUUGGCAAACCUACACUAUCUUUCUUAUCCAGGGCAGGAUUUGGAGGAACGAUCCCCCACCAGCUCGGAACCUGUCAACUUAAAUGACCUACUUUCUCUCAACCUACAUCAAAAUGGAUUUGAAGGUCCACUUCCCGGUUCCCUCUGGAACAUGACCAAUCUUCGAGAUCUUGAUUUGUCCAAGAAUAAUUUCAAUUCCAUCAUUCCAUUCAGUCUGUACAGUUGCAGCCAUUUAGAAUCACUCAACCUUGGCCACAACCAAUUCCAGGGUGCAAUCUCAAGCAACGUUGGAAACCUGACCUCUGUCACCAUCCUUGAUCUCUCAUACAAUAAACUUGAAGGCAGAAUACCCAUGUCGAUGGGAAAUCUUUGUAACUUGAGGGUUAUCAAUCUCUCAAGUAACAAACUCGUGGUACAAGUGUUGGACGUGUUGAAGAGCUUGUCCGGAUGCAUUUUAGAAUCUCUAGAAACAUUAGGACUAUGGGAAAACAAACUUUUUGGUCAUUUCACUGAGCGACUUGGACAAUUUAAAAAUCUACGCGAACUUUAUUUUCAAAACAAUUUAAUUUCGGGUCCGAUUCCAAUGAGUUUAGGAAAACUGUCAUCCAUAGUAGUGUUAGAUUUAAGCUAUAAUAAGUUGAAUGGAACUCUUCCAAAAAGCCUUGGACACCUUUCAAAGUUGGGAAUACUUUAUAUCUCUUAUAAUAUGUUGGAAGGGGUUGUGUCUGAAAACCACUUUGCCAAUCUGACAUCUCUGGUGGAAUUAUUAGCAUCCGUAAACCAAUUGAGUUUCGAUGCGAGUCCAAACUGGAUUCCCCCUUUCCAACUCGAAUUGGUAUAUUUGCGAUCUUGGCAGUUGGGACCGCAGUUUCCCAUUUUUGGCUACAGUCACAGAAGCAUAUUUUGA